AUGGAGACAACAGCUGCACUUACUACAAAUACAUUUAAAAUAACAGGCAAUAUCAAACCAUUAGAUAAAGAUAUUGUAUAACUUUAAUAAGAUUAUGAAAUUAUGAAAAAGAAUAGAGAAUAAGCCAAAGCAGAUUUAUAAGCUAAAUUUGAUGAAGUUUAUGAGUAUUAUAUAUAUAAUUAUAAUUUAAUAGUAAAAUCACUUAAACAAAAUAGAUGUUUGUUAAAUUGGCUGUAGAAUUGAAUGGAAAAAUAUAAACAUUUCAAAAAACAAACAAUACAAAUAUUUCAAGUUACAAUUUAAUCUAAUUUAAAUAGAUUUGGAAAAUAAACACAAUGAAUAGCAUAAUACAUUUAAGACAUAUACAAAUGCUAAAUUGACUACACUUGAUUCUGAUAUUGUUAAAUUAGAUUAAGCAAUAGAAUAAGAAAAAUUAGAUAGAAUAAGAACAGAAAAAGAAAAUAUAGAAAAUAUAUAAAAAUCUAUAGAUUGUAUAGAUAUAUAUAUUAAUAAAUAUAGAAUUAUUUAGUAAUUUUGAUUUGGAAAAGUAAACAAGAGUAGCAAAUGAAAAAAAAAUAUUAAAUACAAUAAAGGAUACUUCAUAAUCAAUUGAUUAAGCUAUAAAAAAUGAAUCUAUAGAAAAAGAAUAGAAACAUUAAGAAUUGAUUAAAAAUAUUAAUCAUUCAUUAUAAUCUGAGAAUAGAUAUUCAGAAGGAUUUAGAAAUAAUACUGUUAAAGAAUUUCAUUUAUAAAUUGAUAAUAUUGAAGAUGAAAUAAAUAAUAGAUUUGAUUAAUAAGAUAAAGUAGUUGAUGAUUUAAGAUCAGUUAUUAGAACCAUUUAAAAUACUCUUGGUAUUCUAGGUAAAGAUGUUUGA